UACUUUUAAUCUUAAUAAAGUUUGAAACAUGGCAGUAACUUUUUGAAGUUGUUAUUUAUUUGGUAAAUUAUAGUAAUGGCGGAAUUUAAGCGUGAAAUGAAUUUAAAUGUGUUUUAAUCUUGUUUUAUUUAUGACUACAUCAUGGAGAUUAGCUUCAUUGUGUUGGUUCUUUAUCUAGGAUUUGUGCAACCUCAAGGCAUUCCAAGUGAAUGUCAGAGCUGUGGUUGCUGUAAACCCGGUCAAAAUAAAUGUUUUCAUGAUGAUUACUGCAGACAUGGAUGCCUAGAUGGAUAUUGGACUACGACGUGCUCUUUGAAAUGCAAGUACAUUAACUGUAAAAGGUGUGCACGUGGUGAUGGCUCUUACUGCGAUGAGUGUAAGACUGGUUUUUAUGACAACAAGUGUGGAUCCUCAUGUGCACCUAAUUGUGAAGUAUGUCAUAAGCGGGAUGGAAGGUGUUAUUCUUGUGUAAAUGGAUACUGGGGAGAGUAUUGCAACAAUAAAUGUGGAGACCGGUGCAAAACGUGUCACCGAUGGAGAGGUUGUACAGAAUGUAACAUGGGGUAUUAUGGCUCUAAAUGUGACAAGAACUGCGGAGACAAUUGUGCGAGUUGUGAUAUUCAAAACGGAUGUACUGCAUGCAAACCUGGCUACUAUUCCAAUAACGGAGUAUGUAAGCGUUGUAAAAAUAAAAACAGAGGGUGCACCUGUACAUCAUAUUACAAUUGCGUUGGUUGCACUAAAGGGUAUUUCCGUAACAUAAACCGUUGUUUACCAUGUCCUUAUCAUUGUGCAUCGUGCAUUAGUACCACGCAGUGCACUUCUUGUACGGAAGGUCGAUUUGGAAAUAUAUGUCAACAUCAGUGUACAGGUGACUGUGUCAAUGGUAAUUGUGAUUCAUCGAAAGCUACUUGUCAAUGCAAUGCUAAUUAUGAAGGCGAGAAAUGUGACCAGUGUAUCGCUAGAUACUAUAAUAAUGGUUUCAAGCCGAGGUGUUCCGUAGGCUGUGUCAACAAUGAAAGCGAUCCGUAUUCGGGAAGAUGCAGUCAAGGAUGCAUUAAUGGAUACUGGAACCCAACAUGUGACAAAAGGUGUAAUGCAGAAUGUUUAUCGUGCAAUCAAGCAGAUGGAUCGUGUUCACAAUGCAUAAACACUACAAAAUAUGGACAUAACUGUACACAGGAUUGUAGCAACACCUGUAAAAAUUCCGUUUGUGACAUUACUGGAAAGUGUACAAAUGGAUGCAAUACAAAUACAUUUGGAAAGCAAUGUGAGAACACAUGUGAUAAACAUUGUAAUAAACGGGACAAUAACACGCUUUGUUCAGAAAAGACGGGAAUGUGUUUAUACGGCUGCGAUACUGGCUAUAAAGGAACAUUUUGUCCUCAAGAAGAGGAAAAACAAGCAUCGUCAAUGAUACUUGGUGGAGCAGUCGGUGGAGGAGUAGUAGCCCUUGCUGUAAUUGUGGCUUUUGGACUAUUUUUGCUUCGCAGAAGUUUCAGACGUACAAAUUCGAACAAUACAAACACUACACCUAACCGAGAACCCGAGAACUCUUCAUUGUACGCAACGAUGAACAAAGAAAAAGCUAACCGUGCAGCGAAUGCCAAUGAGGCUACCGACGAUGUUCACUCUGUAUCCAGGAUAAAGUAUCCCCAUUACCAGAGUCCACCACCGAAGGAAAAUACGCCUAAUUUGGCUGAAGACAAUCUUGAAAUGGACGCAGAUAAAACAUGGGAACCCACAGUUAUGUCUGAAACAAAUGGUGGCGUUUAUUACAACAACGCAAGAGAAAUCAGCAAACUUAAACUGUCUGUGGUCGAUUUACCUGAAUAUGUACAAAGCGUAUGCAUAGAGGAUCUGGAAGAAGAAUUGCAGAAAAUACCGUACGGUCUCAUGAAACCUUAUGAAGUUUCACAAAUGAAGCCUAACAUGAACAGAAACAGAUACAAAGGAAUAUAUCCGUAUGAUGAUACGCGUGUUGUAGUACGCGGAGGAGACACAGACUAUAUCAAUGCAAGCUAUAUAGACGGUUUCAGGAAACGAAAUGCAUAUAUAGCUACUUUGGGUCCGACUGCUAAGCAGCUUGGCGAUUUCGGUCAAUUCUGGCGAAUGGUCUGGCAACAAAAGGUGGAGAGGAUUGUAAUGGUGACCAACUUGGUAGAGGGUCAGGAAACCAAAUGUGAGCAAUAUUGGCCUGAUCAAUAUCAAAGUAAAUUAUACGGCGAUAUAGAAGUUGUGUGCACGUUUGAAAAACUGUAUGCAGAUUUCAUUUGGAGACAGUUUAGGUUUUCAAUGGGUAAACAGAAUAAAGAAGAAAGAAAUCUGCAUCACCUUCAGUUCACAGCGUGGCCAGACAAGGAUAUUCCUGAUAACGUCACAUCGAUUAUAGAGUUUAGACAGAAAGUGAACGCCUUACCGACUACCUUUGACGGACCAGUUAUUGUGCAUUGCAGUGCUGGCGUAGGAAGAACAGGAACCUACAUAGGUCUAGACGUUCUGACCAAAGAGGGUGAGGCAGAAGGAGCUAUUGAUAUCCCGGGAUGUGUUCUCAAAAUGAGACAGAACAGACCCAACAUGGUUCAGACUUUGAAUCAAUACAAGUAUCUACACCAAGCUUUGGUCCAUUCAUUGACCCUUGAUUGUUCAUUGAUAAAAAUAGACUACUUCCAUGACUUUAUGCAUAUGAUGUCCAGCAAACAGGAGAUACAGAAGCAGUUUGAGAAAAUGCAGUUACACCAGGAGCAAAAGUCUGACAAGGAACUACAGGCUACGGAAAAGAAUCGGAUUCUGAUAAAAAAGAACAGAAAACACGCAGAUAUACCAGGUGAUGCCAACAGACCACGUCUUUAUUUGUUUUUGAACUUAGGCGAAUCUGAUUAUAUCAAUGCGAUAUACAUCAACAGUUUCAAAACAAAAAACCGCUUCUUGGUUGCACAAACACCGCUGCCUGAUACAGUCUCCGAUUUCAUUGCACUUGUUAUUCAAGAAAACUGCUCCUGUAUUGUCAGUAUGGAGACACAGGGGAUUGGCUUGUACAUUCCUGGUGACAAUCAAUCAUUGAUGAAAGGUGUGAUUUCCAUAUUUUCAACAAGAGAUCAAAGUACGAGACUCUUUGUAAAAAGAAUGCUGCAUUUUAAGCACGACGGAAAGACCAAGUCGGAGGUGAGAAUACCACAUUAUGAAUAUUUGGAUUGGGAUAGAAAUCACAAUACUCCGAAGUCAGCAGAACAUUUUGUUUCUUUCAUCAAAGAGGUUGCAGACGCGUCCAAAUCAUCUCACUUGAACGGACCGAUACUGGUGCAUUGUAUGAACGGAGCUGGAAAGAGCGGACUUUUAUGUGUUGUCUCGACAUUACUUGAAACACUGAGUGAAGAUAAUGAAGUCAGUGUGGUCAAUGCAGUGAGGAAAGUCAGAGCAAGACGACCACUUUCUAUUCCAAAUAAGGAACAAUUUUACUUUUGCUACGAGUGUGUUCUCCAAUCCUUGAAUGCAACAGAUACUGCUGUGUAUUACAACACAAGUGCGGAUAUCAAGAGGAUAUGAACACGGCUGAGCAUGUUGGAACAAUGAACGUCGAUGUGUUGACCUAUUCAAGAACACAUGAAUAUUUACACGCUAGUGUUCAUCUGUAUAUCUAAACAUUGUUUUGUGAAUAUUAUUGUAAAUAUAUGCAAAAGUAGAUGCAGUAAGUGUUGCUUUAAUGUUUUCUAAUCGCAUUGUACAUUAUUAUUAUUAUGUUGUUUACUAUAUAUAUAUUUUGUAUUAUGCUGGAUGUCAUUGAAGAAGGCACUUUGAAUACACAUUAAAUGAGAAACGUGUACAAAACCGUCACAGCAAUAGACUUUUUAUAUUUCAUUUUUAUAAAAACUGCUGUAUUUGAACGAGCCUUUAGUAUGUUUUGAAUGUUUUUUGGCUUUGAUGAAUGGUUCAAAGAAGAAAUGUUUUGUACGAAAAGAUUUGCACGUAACAGAACAUUUUAUUGAAAAUAUUUAAACCUUUGCAUAACUGCUGCUUCACAGCAUAUAUAAUUAGCUUAUAGAUGUUAUGUUUAUUAUCUAAAAAUAGUUUUCUGAUAGUACUCUACUCUAACACAAUGAUAUAUAUAUAUAUAUACAUACAUAUAUAUAUAUAUAUAUAUAUUUAUAUAUACAUAUAUUUAAUUGCAUUGAUUAAUCUGAAAACAGGAUUUUUGUCUGUUUACUGUAUUUACGUAUGCUAUUUUGCAUUGUAUGACAGCAUUGUACGUAUUGAACUAUUAAAUAAUGCUCCAUAUUGACUUAAUUCAAAAAUAUAUGUUGUAUAUAUAAAAUCCGAAUUAAUCAUCUUCCUAUCGGUGACUGGUUUGAUCAAGUCCGUUUGUCUGUGACGUUAUAAUACACUACUUAUCUGAGCUUCAAGGAUAAGCCUUAAUCAAGCUAAGACAUACAUACAUGAAUCAGCGAAUUAUGUUUUUGAUAUAUAACAGUGCCUGAUUCUAAGUAAAUCGAGCAAUGAUUCUUAUAUUUUAUUCGGUUAUACAAUUGGCAUACUAUUAGUAAUGUUCCUUGUUUUCGUCUACACUUAAACAUUAACAUAC